AAUUCGUCGAAGUAACAUCUUGUUUUGAAAUAGACACACGGAGCUUAGAGGCAUAACAAACAAUGCGGUUAGUCAGGCUUCUGAAGGACUUCAGUGGACCAGUGAUUCGAGACUGUUUGCUUCAAUAAGGGAGGAGGACCAAAGCGCCGAUCAUGAAUCACGAAGAAGAAGUCGGUUCUCAGCCUCGUCAAGUUCUGGAAAAGGAAGAGUUGCUGGCCCUUGCUGCCAGAAUAAAGGACGACUACCCCUAUUGCCUACAAAUGUACAACACUCUGCUACUGACCGCCAGGGGACUGAAUGCUUGCUUCCAGUACGAGAUCUAUGUGCCCAGGAAUCACCAGGACUCUCAUAUCGUCAUUUGGAGGUCAUUGAUUGAGUGGAAGAACAUGAGCAUAUAUUGCAGAGAGGAGGAGGUUCCUCUGCUCAUCAAAGUAAUGAAGGGCAGUCAUUUCUUGGGUAUAGUUGAGGAACUCCCAGUCAAUUUCUUUUUCAUAUUAAGCUACCAAUUAGAUGCAAUACUAGAGACACUCCAGGAAGUCCUUGGGAUACGCCUCCAGAAAUACCAGGGUUCAUGUUACGCUUAUGAAACUCGACAAGAAAGUCCUCUGAGUCUCGAGCUGAAACCCUUUACUGACGGAGUCAACAGACAACAAUAAUAAACCCAGGAGGACUCCAAGGGGAAAAAUCAGCAAGCAGAGAGAAAGAGGUUAUAAGAAAAGGUGAUACUGAAGUAAAUAUGGUGGAAUAGAAAAUCAAAACGAUGCACCUGAUAUUCAGGAAACAUCAGCAGAAUAUUUGAGAUCACAAAUUCCACAACUGCAAUAGACGAACUAUUUUACUACGUUUUAGUUUUAGCCAAGAUAAAACAAUGAGUCAAUGACCAAAUUCGCCGAAGGCAAUCGACUUUUCUGUAAAUCGUACAGCCAAGGCCAACCAAAAUAGAGCUAUAUUUCGGUGGUGUCGGUAUAACGCUUUAUGAGCCGCGGCCCAUGAAACUUGAACCACGGCCCUGUGGUGGCCUGGCCUUUAUCGUUGUCAGACGCACGAUUAUAUCUAACUUUAACCUUAACUAAAAAAAAAAAAAAAAUUUUAAAUACUGACGCUAGAGAACUGCAAUUUGGUAUGUUUUAUGAUCAGCAUACCAAUUAGCAGCCUUCUGGCUUCGGUAGGUAAUAAGAUCUGAGGGCGAACAGAAAAAAGUGCGAACGGACAAAGCCUGAACCACAGUUUUCUUUUCAGAAAACUAACCAGCGAACUGAACAGAAUCAACACUGGUAUUAUAAACCAACACACUGUGCAGGAAAUUGUAUUUUGGCUUAAAAAAUAAUCAUAUUCUCCCGAACUCGAGAGAGAAAAUAAAAGCUAAAUAUUUACUGAAUAUCUGACUUGUCCCUUUACAAUGAAGGCCCCUUAAAAGGAUCCCACCAUUAUUACCGGGCUGUUGAAGAAAAGGGUAUGAAAAUAAUGGAUUAUUUCCUUGACUGGCUCAAUGGAAGGAGAACUUGCUUUCAUGGCAGAGAAUAAAGAUGCUUUCCUACACACAGAGGGAAAAGAAGACGAAUGAAAUGGAAGUGGAGAAGUAGUGAAGUGCAUGAGAGCAAAUCUUGGAGUAGCAAAGAAAUAGGAGGAAGAUGGAAAUAACAGAACCUUGUCAAGGUUAAGAUGA